GAGAGUGAAGAGAAGCACUAGAGGGGGGAGGGGCAGGGGACGCUCGCUCGCUGCUCCCUCGGCCAGCAGCGAGCGAUGGUGCAGGAAGGGGGGCGAGGAGGCAGUGGAGGGGCAGGGGAGGGAUCGACAGUUUCAGCAGGAGGAGGAGGAGGUGGUGCAGCAGCAGCAGCAGCAGCGGGGAUGAUGAGGGGGGACGCGCCGGGGGUAGGCCGGAUGGGGGACGGAGGAGUAGGAGGUGGUGGAGUCUCAGGAGCUGGGGGUGUGAGUUUCGGUGGUGCUUUAGGUGUUGGCUUCGGUGGUGCUUUAGGCGGAGGAGGACUCGGGAAUGGUGGUGGUCAGGAGCGAGGAGGAGCAGCAGGGAUUUCGCGGAUUUCGCAGCUCGGAGGUCAUACGAGGCAGCGGCCGCAGCAGAGGAAGCAUCCGGAGCCCUUGCGUCGAGCUGUUGCCAAUUGCUUGUCCGCCUCUUACAAUGCCACUGCCUCAGCUUUCACAUCUGAAGCCGUUCGCACUUUACAGGAUUACCUUGCGAACUCUUCUACUAUGGAUUCUGCAUAUAUUGUCCUACUGGAUCACGCCCUUGCGGAAAGGGAUCGGAGCCCCCCUGUUAUUACCAAGUGCGUUUCAUUGCUCAAGAGAUACCUAUUCAGAUAUGUUCCUAGACCAGCUACUCUUCAACAAAUCGAUGCUUUCUGUGGAGGUCUCAUAGCAGAAUGCCAGGCUGCAGGAAAUAUUGCUGGGAAGAGGACUACCCCCUGGGUGCCACCAGUGAAUGAACACGGCCCUUCCAGCAGCCAAGGAACACCACCGUCACCAAGUGCAACAUCAUUACCAUUUGCGUCAGAUGCUCUUGUAAAAUCCCUGGUAUACGUUAGAGCUCUAGUGGCUCGUAAUCUUCCUCGGUUAUCUUUCCAUUCUUCCAAUAACAUGCCUUCCUUAGCUAAACCUUUGAAACCAGCUUUACCAUCCCCACGUACGAGACCUUUUACAAGCCCAUAUGACAGAGGGCUGAAGAGAGCUGUACCAGACGACAGGGAAGCUGUGAAGUCGGCAGCUAUGUGCAUAUCGGGCUUGGAGGAGAUCGACGAAGAAGACGUAGACUACAUCGCUGUGGACGUAAUGAAGUGGCGAUGGCUUGGUGGCAAAGGCCAGCCGUCUUGGGCUCCUUCACCGGUCAUGAUGGACAGUGGCGGCAUUGCACGGCCACAUGUAGAGAGGAUGCAAAACUUAGCGGAACAAGGAGCUUCAGCACUUAUGCUGAAAUCGAUUCAACAGAAAGAAACUGAUGCUAAAGCAAGGCCUGGGGGUAGACCGCUGAAUAGCUUGGAAGGCAUUGCUGAACAAAUUCUUUUGCCCUCGACAGUGACAGCCGUCACUGAUAGGCUAGCUGUGAGGUCUCACUUGCGAGCUGUGGCAGCUGCAAAGCGUUACAAACCGCAUAUCUCCCAGCGCUGGGAGGGGGAUGUUCCGCCGAGCACACUUCGUCGGAGAGCACGUCCUCUGUUUCAGUAUAGACAUUACAGUGAGCAACAGCCUCUCCGGUUAAGUGAUGCUGAAAUGGAAGAAGUUAUUUCGGCAGUCUGUUCGGAGACGUCCGGGUCAAGUGGAAAUACAUUAGCGCUGGUACCUCUUCCCAACAACCAGGGUGGAAAACUCGCCCCGGAAGCCGCAGACGUCGCUGCAAGUGUACUUAUCAAGCUUCUUAUCGACAUGUACAUAUCAGACCCUCAGACCGCUGCUCCCCUCACACUUUCCAUGUUACAGGGGAUGUUGACAUCACAAUCAGCAAGCGUUCGUAUACGUGCGUUUGAUUUGACACUCAAUCUUGGGGUUCACGCGCAUCUUCUUGAGCCUAUGCAAAGCGAGGAUCAAUCCACACCAGAUGAAGUGCCUUCUUCAGAUGCCCCAUCAAUGGAGAAUGGAUCUUUUUCUUCUUUUGGCUCUCUCCCAGGAGGGAACAGAACCGGUGAUCGGCACAGAAUGAACAAGAUUAAUCGUGAUACCUCCUCAGAAAGGUUUUUGGAAAAACCCGAGCGUGGUACGCCUCCCGCAGUAGGCAGAUUUGAGGCGUGGCUGCUGGAUCUCCUGUGUGAGAUGCUUCUUCUUCUGGUUCAGACUGAGGAGGCCGAUGAGGGCGUGUGGGCUGCUGCACUGAGCUGUCUAUUGUACUUGGUAUGUGACCGGGGAAGAAUACAAAGACGUCGACUUGAUGGAGUUGAUAUCAGGGCCCUGAAAGCGCUUUUGGAGAUAAGCUGGGAGUAUGGAUGGGCAGACGAAGUUCACUGCCGUCUUAUUCGCAUUGCUUGCAAUCUGCUUUAUAGACUUCCUGCUGAUGAAACUCUAACGAGUAAACCUUCUCUGGAUCUGGACCAGAUUGAAAUCCUGGGCGGCAUUGAAACAAUAUGUGCUGAGUUCGCAAGGGCCAAAACCCUGGAGGCGAAGCGGAACUUAUUUGCAGUCCUCUUCGACUUCGUCCUGUAUGAUUUGGAGGACGAAUCCACCAGCAAUCAGAUGCUUUUUCCUGGUACUGAGGAGAUCCAGGCGGUUGCCACAGCACUUUGUCUGGCAGAAGCUCCAGAAUGUUACGCUCUUGCAUUUAAGCAAGGCCUUCCUGGAGUAGGUGAGGCUUUAUCGAAAUCAAUUACCACAGCUAUGGCUCGUGAUGUCACGAGUGGCCGCCUGAAUGCCCAGCUUCUGGAGAAUGUGGUUGGAGCUCUAGACAAGUUAGCUGCUGCCUAUGCACACCCAGAGGACGAGUUCAUGGAGUUGCUUCCUGUCACUAUGACCAGUGAGGGCUUAAACAAUGAUUCAAGCAGGACAGGUCCUGCUGAGAAUACGCUUGAUUCAACCCUAGUUGCGAAGGCAUGGUCAACACUCGAGUCCCUUCUUCAUUCUUCUCGACCAUGUUACCGAUGUAACGGAUAUGUUUGGUUAUUAGAGCUUCUGUCAGCAGAAAUGGCUCGGGGGAGCUCGAAAAGCAGUAAAUUGAAUACCAACGCGUUGCAACGGCAACUUGGGCUUUUGGGAAAUCUCGAGAAACCCGCUGCAGAUGAUGAGACUCCUGAAAGUGAAAAUACAGAGAAGCAGAAACAGACUCCAACCAUAUCAUCAGCAGUCCGGCUGAUGUGCGGUUUACUGAAGUCAAAAAGGCCGUCUAUACGUCGUGGUUUUGUUGUCAUUCUGGAGAGAGUACUACUUCAGUGUCAGAGAUAUGGCUGUGAUUUAGAACUGAAUCUUUCAACAGUUGCUGAUGGGGAGGUACCGAAGCCGGAGGGUGUGAAAAGCAUGGGCCCUCAAGACCGUGCUUUAGCUAUGCUGGGCCUGAUGAAUGGUGCCCUCUGGCAAGCUAUAUCUGCAAAUGACACAGACCGUGUAAAUAUCUUGCAGAUGUGCAACAUGAUGUUUUCCCAGCUAUGUGUUUCUUGGCCUUUGGCUUCGAAUGCCUCUAACCGAAGUCUUUCAACCAGUGGAAGAGUUGACUCUUCGUUGCUCGAUAACUACGGUUCUCAAAGACAGGGUGGUGCGGAUGGAAUGCCUGGAAUUAGAAGUACGAACAGUCCGUGCAGUGUUGGAAGUAGAUCUUGUUCCGUCGCCUCUAUGUUACUGAACGGACAAGCUGCUGCUCCAAAACUUUUGGUGGCCAAUAUGCCUACCGCCCUGCUGUACUGGCCACUGAUGCAGCUGGCCGGCGCUGCCACUGAGGAUGUAACUUUAGGUGUGGCUGUUGGUAGCCGGGGUGGAGGAAAUGUCCCGGGUGGAGCUUGCGAUGUCCGGGCUGCACUGUUGUUAAUUCUUAUUGGGAAAUGUACAGCUUAUCAAGUUGCUUUGGAAGAAGUAGGCGGUGAGGAGUUUUUUAGAUCACUUUUGGAUGAUAUUGAUGCACGGGUUGCAUACUACACGUCAGCCUUUCUUCUGAAGAGGAUGAUGACAGAGGAACCAGAGAAGUAUCAGCGCAUGCUUCACAACCUCGUGUUCAAGGCUCAGCAGAGUAACAACGAAAAGAUUUUGGAGAAUCCUUACCUGCAAAUGCGAGGCAUCCUCCAAUUAUCCAGCGAGUGUGACAGUCCAUCGUUUCAACUUGACAGCUGAAUUCUUUGCUGGUGAUACUGGCUCGGAUUUACGGUCAUUUUCAGUUAGCACCCAGCCCAGCUGGUCUUAUCACUCAUGGAGGAUUGGUAAAAACGUUUCAGUUGAAUGAGUUCUCUCUGCUGUUUGUUCGCUCAAGUGUUUGCUCUUGAGCUGUCGAAUCCAUGAGAUAUUGCGGGUGACAGCAAGUCAUGCGGGGUACAUUACUUCGCCUUAUUUUAGUGACAAACAGGAACUUCAGUGAUCAAUAAAUCAUUUGCAAAUACUACAUGUCCCUCCUCGAGGGUCAUACUUACAACAUUCCAGUGACCAAAUCAUGGAAUCACUGAUCUUUCAAGGAGGACACGCUGCUGCCUUCUCAUUUAAAAUUUUUAACGGUAAGAGUAGUAAUGAUCCCAGUUUACUAAAUUGGCCAUCAGCGGAGUGUUCCAGACCAAUUGUAUUUAUCCUUCUUGGGACAUAUACGGUCACUUAGUUAGGAGACAAGCUAGAAUUAUUAAACUCAGCUGCUAGUCGAGGAAACCUGCCGCCCUUCAUGCAGUCUGUGGCAGCUGAAGUAUAUUUGUAUUUUAGUGUUGAAGUGUCUUCUUCACGGUGCUUCUCUAGAGGAUUGACCCUUGGAGGUCGGAUUUUCUGUCAAUCAUAUCUUUGUUGUCGGUACCAGUUUGUGCGUCAAGAUUUACUUUAGGGUCAAACAUCAGCUCUUUCUUUGCCCAUGUGUUAUCGAUGGUAGCCCUUGUGGUUGUCACAUUUACCAGCUUGUGACAUGUAUAGUUACUCUUCGGGCCUAUUGUAUUCAUCAUAUGCAUUUGCCCAUAGCUCAGAUGGUACAUCCACUGUCAUCGGUCCUUGCGUGAGACAAGGUAGAUAUAUUACUUGACGGUGUGGUGGUAAAAAAUGUGGCUCUCGGAGCAAAGCGAAGUUCGAGUUCAAGACUAGCUGUGGUUAUAUCCAUGGGACGAAAGCCCAGGAAGAAGCACAAGAUUGUGUCAUUUAAUAUUUCACAUCGGGCUGUAUAUAACAUAGAGUGCACAGAGUAUUGAUACUUUCAAGAGGUUUUUCAUACAGUCU